AUGGAGCUCGACCCGACCUUCUACAACCUACCACAUCCAGCCCUCUGGACCCUUUUUGAAAACGCGGACGCAAAAUCGCUGAUGAAGCUGCUGAAAUCAGAUGAGCGACUCUUCAUGGCCGCGACAACAUGGCCGCAGAAACGGUUUGGAGUAAUAACUUGUGUGGCCCACAAGCCGCGGGCCCGCGAGAUAGCUUUCCAAACCACUCGUGCGGAGGCCCUGCUUCUCCAUGCGCACGUUAAUUGCUUGGAAUAUGACUCCAGGGCCCGACCUCCGGGGGUCGAACCGAAGAGUUUGCAGUGUUUGAAGGUGCUCCGAACGGACAACCCAAACAACAUUGCCUACGUGAUCAUGGCGACGCGACCCUUACGAAUCCUAGCGGAUAAUAUUUGGCGCCAUAUGACCCCACAGCUCCGAGACGCCCUCUCCACAGCCAAGCAAAUCUCACUUGGCCACGUAGAAGACCCGGAUGUGCUCCAUUUUUUUUUUGGAAAAUCCAUU